AUGGUUGCCAGGGCCAGAAGGACCUCCGGGGCGAGCGACAAGAAGGCGACGGCCGCCAAGAAGCAGCAGGAGAAGGCAGCCGCUCGGAGACGUGCGAAGGAAGCGAAGAUGCAGAAGAAGGCCGAGAAGACGUUCGCCAAGAGCAUGGCCACCUUCGCUGAGUCGUCGUUCGAGCGAGCACGGGCGUUCGUGGACUCGGCACUGGAUGACAAUCCUGGGUGGGUCAGGCCGCUCGCGGACCUGAUUCGCGACGGUGCCUUGCAGACCUUGCUCAAGAGUGGCCAGUCGUCGGCCGAGGGCGGCGGUGGGGACAGUCGGACCCAGCCCCGGAAGUGGGCCGGCAAAGCCAAGACGUUCGGUGAAUUGCCGGAGGAGGCGAAGGUGCACAUGCUCUCGAAGAUCGGCGUCGCCAUUGAGUCCAACGGUGUGUCGGCCGACGUUCUGGACGGCUUUUUCGUCGUUCAGUUCUUCGUCGACCCCGACACACCGUUGCCGGCCGGUGCUCGGUCCUUCGACGUUCUCGAGAAGAUGGCCAAGCAGCGGUUCGAGACCCUCGGCGAGCAUCGUGUGGCACCCCACGUGACCUCGGAGUUCGACCUCCAGUGCUUCACCUUGGAGGGCGACCAGGUAACGAAUGCGCUGGACGGGGAGUCGGCCAGCCUUCCGUCGCUCGCGGUCGCGGGCGACGAGUGGGUUCUGGACGACGAAAGCCAGCCGACGGCCAGGGUGUCAUCGAAGGCCAACCCGCAUUUGUCGUUCGGUUGCCGUACCUUGUUCGACAACUUGCGGUCCGUCGAUCCCCAGGCCAAGUGGGUCAUGAAGAAGGACGAUUCGCUGUUCGUGGAGCACGUCAACGACCCGGCUCACCGUUCCCACAACGACGUGAACCUCGCGAUGGCGGCGGCCGGUCUGCUGACGUUCGGCCUCGUGUCCAUCGGUCCAGACGAUGGCGGACGAGAUGAGUCGUUCGAUGAGCCCUUCGGAUCCGUUGCUGCUGACUUCUUUCCGGACAUUCUGGAGGACCAAGGCCGUUCGCAAGAGGACAACAACGAGGCCGAGCGACGUGCUUUUCUGGAGAGCCUGCCAAACAGGUCGUUCGUGAGAAGCAAGGGCAGCAAGGCCUCGCAGUCUCGCUUCAACAGUCUCUCGCAGGCCCAUGCGGAGCUCGACGGCGAGUGGUCGGCCUUUUGCCUCGUGCUGGUCGCUCUCUGCGUGGCCGAGGGCUGGUGCACGACGGCGUCCCAGUUGUGGUCGCCCUCCGCUGGCAUGGCCGAGACGACGACGGCCGGCACGACCAGGGCGGCCGCCAAGUCUGCUGCUCGCAAGGCUCUGCAGCAGCAGAGGAGUCGUUCGGUGAACGUCUUGCACGGGAUGACGAUGUUCGCGUGCAACCAAGACAAUCGGUCGCUGGCCAGGUCCGUGUUUUUCGUGCUUCAACCGGAGAACGUUCGGUGCAGCACGAUGCUCGCAGACCUUCGGGCGGCCGAGGCCACCGUGAGCCAGUAUGCCAACUGGGCCCACUGGCAGUACAUGGAGGUCGCUCGCGAGCACGUCGCCAAGCUGUCCAACCUGGCCGCUCUGAAGCGGAUCGGCCUUGACAUGUCCUUCGAGCUGCCAAAGGAGGAGGUUCGAGAGGACUCGCUGGCGUGGCAGGAUGCAGUCGCUCACAGAGUCGUUCGCCUGACACACCGUCUCUUGCGAUAUCGUUGCGGCAGCCAGCUGGGGUCCACGAACGGCUGGGGAGCAUCGGCCGGCUUGCUGCACGAGUCUGCCGCCCUUCGACAGUCCAGCCUUCGCUUUCUGGAAGAGGUGGAUCGCACGGUCAAGCGUGUGCAGGCCGAGGGGUCGUUGGAGGCGAAGCUCCUCUUGGACGGCCACCCUGCCACGGCGCCCGUGAUGGCCAUGUUGCUGUCCGAGUUGCGGGAGGCGUCGUUCGUGGAGGUUCCGCCGGGGACGUUCGAGUGGCUUCGCCGUUCGUGGAGCGGCCUGCUGAACUCGAAGCUCGUGGAGGACGCCAACAAGGUCCAACGUGAGGCCGAGCAGCGGAAUGGCACUUCGAAGACGUUGGGUCGUUUGGAGGGCUGGCACGGUCUGUCGAGAAAGAAGCUCCUGGAGCAGUAUCACAGGAGAGAGGUGCCGAGCGGCCGGAUGGCGACCGUGCCCGCGAAGUUCGAGGCCGAUCCGUGGUUCGUGCGGCCUAAGCGGCUCCGCACGGAGCCGGGCAGUUCGUCGGCCGCCGUUCGCGAGGAGCAGGAGGAGGGCCUCACGGACCAGACCUUCGAGGACGACCUUCUGAAGGGCGUUAGCCAAGCGAGGACGUGGGCCUCUCCCACACCUGAGUCGGAACAGGACAAGCUGGCUGGGUUCUCGCUGCUCACCAAGGUCAUUCGGCAGAACAUGGACUGGUCCUUCGUGGAGAAGGGAUGGUGGGCAGCCUUGGCUCCCGAGGGACAUGCCUUGCAGUUUCCGACUGGACCACCGUUGUACGUGGUUCGCAGCUACAAGCGAGCGGCUCUCGUCUGGCCCGGCAAGUUGCAGACUUCCCCUGCCGGAGACAUCGUCAGCCUGGACCUGGAGAACCCACAGGUCGGAUGGGUGCACCUUUUCGACGAGGCCGUGGACGUUCUGGACUUGGCUGCGACCUCGCCACAACGUGGUCUCGUGUCUCUCGGUGAGACCCGGGCCAUGGGAGUUGUCUUUCGGGUGCAGGCCCGAUGUUCCUUGCUUCAGCACCACGAGAAGUUCGGCUUCGCAGGCGUUCCGGAGUGGGGUCUGCGACGACUCGCAGAGGUGAAGGGAUGGCCGGCCGAAGCUGAGGAGACUGGCCACGAGGAGGACGACCGCCUCGCCGUGGUGUGCCUCUUGUCUCUCCAGCCAACUCUGACGAAGGACGACGUGGUCAAUCGUCUCCUGUUUCGCCAGGACGUGGCCUCGUGGUCGGGCGAGUUUGGGGAGCUCGAUCUGACAGAGGUCGUGCGAGACACAAUGUUGGCGGCCGACCAGGACGUCGCCCUCCAACAACUUGCGAAGCGGAAAGCCGCUCGCGAGACUGCCGUGGAGAUCCGGAAGCGGGUCUCGCGGACUUUCGAGGCCGUCGCCAAGACCUUUGCCAGCCGACCCGAGUACAAAAAGGCAGCGGCAGCUCGAAAGGCCAAAGAGAAGCAGGCAUCGCAGCAGCAGAAGGACCAUGCCGCUGCGAUCAAGCGGUGCUAUGCCGCCCUCAGCUCGGACAUCGACAAAGCCGUGAAGGUCGGCGUUCCCACAGCCGUCCGGGUGUAUCGGGACGACUACAACGGCCGCUGGCGUCUCACGUACAGGACUGUCUGGGCUCAGGUCACUCGCAGCAUUUCGUGGACUGCCGUGGGCAGUAGGAAUGCCGCAGCGGAAGCCGUUCGCCAAGGCUGGCAGUGGGCGGAGACUUUCGACGGCCUGCCGAUGCCGGAGGAGGCAGCAGGCCUGGCCCUACUACUUUCCCCUUGCCGUCGCACACAGUUUAAAGCUUUCCGAGAAUCAACCUCCCUUGCACUGAGGAACCACCGAAAAAGCAAGGACAUUCGGGAGAAGUUCGCGGCACUCGCUCAGGCGAAGUACGAGGACAACCGAAAGAAGGCCGAGGCUUACAGAAAGGCCCAGUCGUUCGGCGAUGUUUCGCCGCAAGUCGCUGCCGACGAGGCCGAGGUCGUUCGAAAAGCAGAAGCCGAAGCCCACCUGGAAGCUGACCUUGCCGUUCGGGAAGUGCAGGCGGACACCUGGACCUGGACUUUGGGUCGUUCGCUUCGUGACUUCAAGCCGGUCGGCCGUGGGGCGAGCGGUGAGGUCUUCUUCGCCACCUUCGAAGGCCUUCCGGUUGCAGUGAAGCUGACAAAAGGUCGGGGGCUGCAAGCGGCAGCAACCGGCAUCGACGUUCAGGAGGAGUUCGCCGUUUUGACGGCCCUGGGGCAGCACCCCAACGUCGUUCGAGCUUUCGCCGUUGUCACGAGCUCGCUGGGCCGGCCGGGCUUGGUUCUCGAGAGGGCGUCUGAGAGCCUGCAUGCGAAAGCUCGCAGGCUCAAGGACGAUCGGCUGGAGAACUCGCCGGCCGGCAGGGCCUCGCUGCUGGGACUUUUUUCGCAGUUCGUCCUCGGCCUGUCCUUCGUGCACGGGCGUUCGGUCAUGCAUCUCGAUGUGAAGCCCGCCAACAUUCUCGUGUUCGAUGACAAGAGAGCUGCCCUGGCCGACUUCGGCCAUGCAGAGGGGGUCUCCGAGAACGGUUGCUCUGUGGUGGGCGAUCGCGUGUACACCCUGGACUUUCGCUGCCCGGAGUGCCUCAUGGCCGGCGGCCAGAAGGCAUGGGUUGCUGGCGUAAAACCCUGCCAGGUUCGUGUGAAGUUCGCCGCUGACGUCUGGGCGGCCGCAGCCACGUUGUUCGAGGUGUGCUGCCCCAGAAAAGCUUCGCUUUUCUCAGUCCCGCCGGGGACGUUCGUGCGGGAGACCGAGGAGCAGACAGCAAAGGCCAUUCGGGAGAUGGCCACUGCGAGGAGCUUCAAGCUGAUGCCGUACGACCAGACAAUGCAGGACGUCCUGGAGAAGACGUUCGUGCCGGCAGAGAAGCGACUCUCGUUGCCGGGCUUGCUUCGCAUCCUGGACAAAGAGCGGUCGGCCUCGCGGUCCAUCGGCAGGCCCGCCUUCGGCGACUGA